UGGACAGCAGAGCAGUGCCAGGGAUUCCAAAACUCUAAGGAAUGAGGUUAGUUGGUGUCUGUCCAUGGACAGAGGAUCCCAAUGGGCCUGGUCUUGAUAUGGGAGGAUGUCACAGCAAGAAAGUUGUAAUCCCAGACUUUGAAACUCCAGCAAAAUGCAGCAUGUCGUCCAGGUCGCUGUGUAGAUCGUGUAGGUCGAUGUUUGGAAGUUAUCAGUCAGAUAUACAGCCACAAAACAGAAUAUCGGAAGACUUACCAGUCAAUGGACAGAUGGCGGCGUUUACUUUGGAACAACUGGAGCACUUGGAGAUCUGCCUGAAGGAAGCAGAAGAAAAGGCUAAAGUUCUAUUGGAACAGCUUGCAGCCUCCGAAGAAGCAAAAUCCCAACUGCUUGACAGAGUUGCCAAGCUGGAGGAAAGGCUGGAGGCUGCGAACCAGAGGAAUGCUAGCAGAGUGUCCUACGAAAACAUGGUUCUUGAGAAAGACAAGUGCAUCGAGAAGCUGCAAGUUGAAGUAAAAGCCUCCCAAGAGAAGCUUACAGCCCAUAAACUAAAGUACAAAAAGACAGUGAAAAAGCUACAAACUGAUUUGGCAAUAGCUAAGCAAGAAGCUGCCAUUACUGUCCUGGAACUCAAUGAGAAGAUAAAGACACUCUGUGAAGGAAGACCUUUCCCUAGAGCGUCGAACUCCGUGGAAGUGCCCUAUGGAGGUCUCCCCCCUGUGGAAGAGGGCGACAGAAAGAUUAGCCUCAUUAUGGAGCUAUCCACCCAGCUUUCCCUACAAACUGAGAAGAUCACUCAGCUCGAGGAAGUUUUAGCAGAAAAGGAACGGAAGAUUGAGGAGCUGGCAGCCACGCGCAGUAGCCAACUGUUCCAAGCGGAAGCGAACCUUACAGAAGAUUUACAAGAAGUCCCCACUGUAUGUGUCGAUAGGAGUGUUCCAGUGGCCUCGAAGAAGGAGUUGUAGAUUUCCUAUAUGAUAAUAAUUAAAGUUUAGUGUCAUCAA